CUAUGUCACAAGAGACAUUUACUGAUAUUUGUCCAACUCAAUUAAUAUAUGGUUCUAUAAAAGAUAAAAUUACUAGGAUUAUUGAAGGAAAAGAAUGUAUUAUUGUUACUACUUCUCAUUCACCUUAUUCAUUGGGAAUUAUUGAUAUUGUUAAGCAAGUUUUUAAAGAAAAUAAUGUUGAUUAUUUCAUUUAUGAUAAAAUUACACCAAACCCACUCUACACUUCUGUUAAAGAAUGUGUUGAUUUAACUAAAAAUUUUGGUGAUUUUAUUCUUGGCAUAGGUGGUGGAUCUGCUAUAGACGCUGCUAAAGCUGUUAGUCUUAUGAAAAAUGGAGUUGAUAUAUUGAAUAGUGAUGGAAAUGGAAUUCCUGUUAAUGGUAUUUUAACCCUCAGUGGUUCUGGUACUGAAGUUACUCCUUUUUCCAUUCUUAAUUUACCUAAUGGAACAAAAAAGUCAAUAAAAGCACAUAUGUUUUUAGGGAAAUGUCUUAUUGAUAAAGACUUACAACUGCAUAUUUCUGAUAAGUAUCAAUGUGCUUUAGUUAUUGAUAUUUUAUCUCAUUGUAUUGAGUCUUAUCUCUCAGUUAAAGCAACUCCAAGAUCUAUGGAGGCUAGUAAAAAAGGUAUUCAAAUGAUUUUUAGGCAUGGAAAAAUUGGAAUUCAACAAGUAAGAGAAAUGGAUUGUAUUAGUGCAUCAGUUAUUGGAGGUGUUGCUAUUACUGUUGCAGGUACUUCUGUUCCACAUGGAUUAGGUUAUUAUAUUACAACCCAUUAUGGUAUUUCUCAUGGCUUUGCUUGUGGGGUAUUUUCAUGUGCUUACUUGAAAUUAUCAGAAAAACAAGAAAUUUGUGGUAAACGUUUGAAAUUGUUAUACGAUGAAUUAAAUAUCCAAAGCGGCGAAAUUGGUUUGUUCAUUAACAAUUUACUCUACCAAUUUAUGGAUAAAGUCCAAGUAAAAGAACAAGAAGUUGCUAUUAUGGUUAAUGAAUUUCUUGCAUCAGGAAAGAACAAACAACACCCUGACUUCCUUGACAAGAACGAUAUAAAAGAUAUUAUUCAAGAGUCAGUUAGUGUUAUUGCUUAA